AUGGCGGCGUCCGAGUCGAUAGCCAAACACUCUCUCUUACUAUCGAGGAUAGUCUCACGAGAGAUUAGAGAGCAUAGCAACUGUACUCGAGGGUCAGAUGGCUUCAUCGACCCGGAUAGUUGUUAUGUCCCCUUUUGGUACACAAGAACGGGCGUCAUCGUCAAAUGGUCUCUCUUCCUCGGGCUAACAACCAUUCUCCCUUACGCCAGUGGCCAACAACCACAGCAGCAACAGCCCUACGGCAACUACGGAAUGCACCCUGUCCCUCCACCAGUCUAUGACCCAGACGCUCCUCGUCCUCCAAUGUACCCGGGCCCGCCCCUGGCCAUGGCCAUGGUGCAGCCGCCGGAUGGAGCGACGAAGGUAGAUCCUAUGCAGCCGGCGCCGCCGCCACCGCCACCGCCGCAGCCAAACUCUCGAGAGGAGCAGUAUGAAGCGCCUCCUGGACCGCCACCGUCGGCUCAAGCACCGGCACCGAUAAGGCAACAGGGAACGGGUGGAACGAAUCCUUUUCGGGAUUGA